AUGGCAGCUCUCACUGGUUGCCGGACACUCAUGCUGGCCACCAGCAACUCAUCGCGGCACAUGAAAGACGCCCUGGAGCCCAGGACUUUCCAGUCUAGUUCAAAAUUCCAGAUGCCUCCUCCAUUGGAAAGAAUGUGGCAGCACUGUCCCCGUUAUUUUCAUGAUCCUGUCACAACAGCUUGUGCUGGAGACCCUGGGAUCUGCAUCACCAAGCUGGGUCAGCUUUCCCUCCCAGGCAGAGAGCAGAGUGGAGCUGGCAAAGAAAAGAAGUUUGGGGCGAAAAUCAUGAAUCCACAAAAGGAUUUCACUGGUCUCGAGUGUAUCCCUGCUACUGGACACCACCCAGUCCUGGGGACCCUGGAGGCCGACAGUCUGAGGUUCGGACGUUGUAAUUCAAACCCCCAAAGCCCAGUGGAUCUUCAUAAGAAAAGCGACGGCAGAGGGAAAGCCAGAGAAGAAACAGCUGUGGAAAGAACAGAGGCAGAAGGAAACAGUGUGAAGGAAGGGAAGAGAGGCAACAAACCAACAAAGCGCUCACUAAGGUUCAGCGCAGGACACAGAAGCUACUCUAGGUACUUUGGACUGGAAAUGCUGCAGGAGCAGAAGUCAGGGAGCUGCCAACGGACUUUUGGUUUCGAGAUCAAUCCACUGGUCGCAUCCAGAGAACAGGCUGCUGCGUCUGCGGCUGCUGCUGCUGCUGCGACGGCCACAGCUGCUGCCCCCACCACCUCACCCUGUGAAGCUGGGACCUGGCGGCCAGCUGUUGCCACACUCAGGUCUGUUGGACGGGACUCGUCGGCCAUCACCAUAGAGGACAGACUCUGCUUCACGUCUGCCGUCCACAUCUCAGGCAAGGGCAGCUCCUGGGAAGACUCUCCUUCUCACGUAGACGUUCUAGCUGCAAGGAAGCCUUGGAAGAGUCGUUUUCAACCUUCCAACCCCUCCAUAUAA